ACAUGUGUUUUACAAAUUAAUUAAUAAUAAAUAAUUGAGAAUAUUUGACAGUUUUAUCUUAAAAAUGUAUUAAUUAAAUUAGUAAAUAGGUCUUAAUAAAUUAAUUAAAAAUAAAAUCUAAAUACAUAUUGUGUUUUACAAAUUAAUUAAUAAUAAAUAAUUGAGAAUAUUUGACCGUUUUAUCUCAGCAAUGUGUUAAUUAAAUUGGUGCUACGAAGCCUAAAUAGGUACUGAAUAAAUUAAUUAAAAAUUUACUCUGAAUAUUUGAAGUGUGUGAAGUAAUAUAAAUAUUAUAGUAUAAGUAAUAGUAUAUUUUACCUACUGAGAAUAUUUUAGCAGUGUAUCAAAAAUUUUACUUUUCCUGGUUAUAAAGUAAAAGGAAAACUAUUAUAGAAAAUGUUUCAAAAGGUGUUUGUACUGGCAAGUCUGAACUGGAUCGCGUUCUCUACUGGCAUAGUGUAUGGCCAACUGGGCGGGUUGAUCACAUCACUACAGAAGAAGGAAGAAGGGAUCGACUUUAGUGAUGCCCAAAUAUCAUUGAUAGCUUUCACAUUGCCGUUCGUUUGCUUUUUUGGAUUUGUAUCGCUAUCGAUAACUACGGAGAAGAUUGGACAAAGAUGGCUGUACAUCCUCUUUUGUUUGCUUAUGACCGGAAACUGGCUUAUUCUGUACAACGCAAACGAAUUGUAUCAGUUCAUGAUAUCGAGAAUAAUUGGAGGUGUUUCCGUGGGGGCUUUAUUUGCAUUGAACCUGUUCGUUACAUCAGAAUACACUUGCCCAAAUACUAGAGCCCUAUUUAUUAAUAUCAUAGUUGUUAUAGCACCAGCUAUAGGUACAGCCGUCGGACAUGCUAUGGGAAUAUUACUGCAUUGGAGAUGUGCAGCAUUAUUUGGAUUAGCAACUGCAUUUUUAUCUGCAGUAUUACCUUAUUUCUGGAUCGACAGUCCUCACUGGUUAGCCAGUAGAGGCAGGUUUGAGGAAUGUGAAAAAACUUUUCGGAUGUUACACGGUACAACGCAAUGCUCUGAAAGACAAUUGCAAUUACUAAUAAAAUUGGAGAGAAGCAAACUAGAAGCAAUACAAGAGACUAAAUGUGAACCAUUGAAAAGAAUAGUCGCUGUUUUAAAGAAAAAAUACUUUUGGGAUAUCUUUAUUUUAAGUUUGUUUGUAGAUCUUUAUUUGGUGGCAUCUGAAAAGAUAGCUUUUAGUUUAUUAGCAUCUGUUAUAAUAGCAGAUAUAACUGGUUCGUCAAACGUUUUGUUAUUCACAUUCAUUGUGGACGGGUUUUUAAUUUUAGGACCAUGUUUAUCAUGUUUCUUUAUAAGGAAAUGUUCUAUGCGUACUUUGUUGUUUACAUCGGGGUUAGCAGCUAACUUUGUAUUGUUAAUAUUUAGUUUGUGUUACUAUUUCCGUAAUGGGGAUGGCUUAUUCAAUUGGAUCAACAUUGGUUUGCUUGCCUUGUAUUUUAUUAUAAUCAACACUGGUCCAUAUCCUGUGUUAGAGACUAUAUACAGUGAAAUGUUUCCUUUAGAAAUUAAAAUGUAUAUGUUCACUGUAUCUGGCAGCAUUCUGAUGUUUGUGACGAGUUUUUCAGUAUUUAUAUUGCCGUUUAUAGUGAAAACUGUAGGUUAUCACGGACUGUUUGUAAUGAACUCUUUGCUGAUGAGUGUGAGCCUUGUCUAUAUAUGGUGGAAGCUGCCAGAGACGAAAGGAAAGACACUGCAAGAGAUAGAGGUGUAUUUUAAGACGAAGAAUUUUCAUGUUGACGACCUUAGUGCUGAGCAAUUAAAAUCGUUAAUAGUAAUGUAGUAGUAACAUGAAAUAGAAAGUAGUGUAAUUGGAGUCGAGAGAAAUUGUAGAAUACCUAAGGUUUUAAAAAAUCAAAAAGGCUACUAAACUUAAGGACGUGGAAAAAGUAUACAAAACACCAAAAUGGCAAUAGACACAAAAGAUACGUGAAAAGGAUAAGAAAUGGACAAAAAGGAAGAAGGCAAGAGGAAUAAACGAAGGCAGGUGAAACGUUGCGAGGAUGAUUUUAAGAAGGUCGCUGGUCCCGAAUGGCUGAGAAUGGCGAGGGACAGAGACUAUCCUAAGAAUGGCAAGAGGAAUAAAGGAAGGUAGAAGAAACGUUCGGAAGAGAUGGCAAGAGGAAUAAAAGGAGGCAGGUGAAACGUUGGGAGGUUGAUUUGAAGAAGGUCGCUGGUCCCGAAUGGCUGAGAAUGGCGAGGGACAGAGACUAUCUUAAGAAUGGCAAGAGGAAUAAAGGAAGGUAGAAGAAACGUUAAGAAGUGAUGGCAAGAGGAAUAAAGUAAGGCAGGUGAAACGUUGGUAGGUUAAUUUGAAGAAGGUCGCUGGUCCCGAAUGGCUGAGAAUGGCGAGGGACAGAGACUAUCCUAAGAAUGGCAAGAGGAAUAAAGGAAGAUAGAAGAAACGUUGGGAAGUGAUGGCAAGAGGAAUAAAGGAAGGCAGGUGAAACGUUGGGAGGAUGUUUUUAAGAAUAUCGCUGGUCCCGAAUGGAUGAGAAUGGCGAGGGACAGAGAUUAUCCUAAGGAUGGCAAGAGGAAUAAAGGAAAGUAGAAGAAACGUUAGGAAGGGAUGGCAAGAGGAAUAAAGGAAGGCAGGUGAAACGUUGGGAGGUUGAUUUGAAGAAGGUCGCUGGUCCCGAAUGGAUGAGAAUGGCGAGGGACAGAGACCGAAGAUGGGUUGCUAAUGAUGAUGAUGAUAACAUUGUAGAAUUUAAAUAAAUUAAUAUAAUGAUAAUAAUUAUAUUUAUGUCAGACAUGGGCUUUCACGCAUACAGUGAAAACUAAGCUAAGAACAACACAAAGGUCGAUUGAAAGAAGUAUACUAAAACUAAGGAAAAUU